AUGUAUUUUGUCCACACCACCCUCCUCGCGCUUGCUGCUGUGUUACCCACCGCCCUCUCCUUCGCCCCUGGAUUUCCUUAUGGGACCCAGAAGGUGCGGGGGGUCAAUCUCGGCGGGUGGCUUGUCCUGGAGCCAUGGAUAACUCCGAGCAUCUUCGACAACACUGGUGAUAGCAGCAUUGUCGACGAGUGGACUUUUUGCCAGUAUCAGGAUUACAACACGGCCCUCGGUGUCCUCCAGAACCACUGGAACACAUGGAUCACCGAAAGCGACAUUGCCGCCAUUGCCGCUGCAGGUUUAAACCACAUCCGCAUUCCCAUCGGAUAUUGGGCCUUUGAAGUCGGUCCGGGAGAACCGUACAUUCAGGGCCAGCUGCCUUAUCUGCAGAAUGCCGUGCAAUGGGCAAGUACCUACGGCCUGCACGUUAUCGUCGAUCUACACGGGGCUCCUGGAAGCCAGAAUGGCUAUGAUAAUUCAGGGCACCGGAUGUCUUACCCUACUUGGCAGUCGAAUCAAACCAACAUCCAGCGCACCGAUGACAUCAUAAAGACCAUCGCUUCCAUGUUUGCAGGUCAAGAAAACGUUGUACCCAUCAUUGCUCCUUUGAACGAACCAGCAGGCUAUAUCGGUUCGUCCAUGAUGGAUCCUCUGCGGCAGUACUACCUUGAUUCCUACGGGAACAUCAGAUAUCCUUACGGCACCUCUCAGCAGGGCAACACAGUCGAGAUGAUCCAUGAUGCCUUCCAGCCUCUCAGCUACUGGAACGGAUGGGAAACCCCGCCCAACUUCGAGGGUGUAAUGAUGGACACCCAUAUCUAUCAAGUAUUCUCGGAUGCUGUAAGACACAAAGCACUUUGUCGAAUUUCGACCUCUGGCUUCGCUGUUGGCGAAUGGUCACCUGCCAUCACCGACUGUGCCACGUACUUGAAUGGGCGCGGUAUUGGUGCACGCUACGACGGCACAUAUCCCGGCUCAACCUACGUUGGUAGCUGCAAUGGCUGGACGGGGAGUGCAUCUACCUUUAGCUCGAGCUAUAAGACCUUCCUUCGACAGUUCUGGGAAGCGCAGGUAAUUUCUUACGAGAAGGCCGAUGGAUGGUUGAUGUGGACAUGGAAAGCGGAAAAUGCAGAUGAGUGGUCAUACCAGGCUGGACUUGCUAACGGAUGGAUACCCCAAGACCCCACCAAUUUAGAAUAUCCUACCAUUUGUGGAUAA